AUGCUUCUGUGCUCAGGACAUGUGGCGCUGGAACUAGUCUUUGAAGAACAUGACAUCCGUCCUUCUCCAACCUCCGCCGAUAUCACAAUCCAGGGUGUUUCCUAUUCCUGCAGUGUGCUUUGUCAUCUUCGCCAACAUCUGAGAAUUAAGUUGCAAUGCCAAGAUGUCUCCUUGUUCCUGCUUUGGCCAUCCACCUUCCCCAAAGCUGACAGGAAACAAAUGCAGCUAAGCUGCUGUUCAUGCCUUGAUAAAACAAGAUGGCGCCAUCAUUACAGUUAUAGAUCAGGUGGCCCCCGAGCUCUUUUCCUUCCCAUCAGCCAUCAUCCAUAUUCUUCACUGUGUAAUCACUACCGUGAUGGUUGGCUGCCCCACAGGUGUUCCUCCUGUUUCAGGCAUUGUCAGAUGGUGCACUACACCCACCAAGGACUGUGCCUUCCUUCCUUCCAUGUCAAGCAAGGGCCUUUGGUCAGGCCUAGCUUGGACGUGCAGGUGGAACCCGUCAUAUUACAUCUUUACAGCGCCCAUUCCAAAUUACUCCGCAUCCCUCAUAGAACUAUCCGUCUAUUCUGGAAUGUCUCCUCGGUCAACUCCCAACGAAAGACCUACAGCCUGGUGGAUGCUCACAAUAGUCAAUUCUGGUCUACCACAUACAAUCCAUAUGCUUUACGCAACAAUUACUCCAUUGCUCCUAGUCCACCAUCUUUCAGGAACAACGUUGUGGCUCGUUUCGCUUUGGUUCUUGAAGAGGCAGAAUCUGGGGAUUUGAGUGGGGCAUUAGAUUUCUCAGGGGCCAUUUUAAGUCUGAAGACCAGGAAUCAUCCUCUCGCUUAUCUUGCUGUCAACAUGCGGAAAACCAAGGCAGACGCCUAUUUUUUUACCCACAGAUGGGGUUUCUUCUAUCAUAUCAAAGGCUCUUCCAGUGGCUUGCACAUCCCUUCCCGCACGUACUACCUUUUUUAUCAACAGCAAAGUCUCUCUUACUUGAUCGCCAUUGAAUUUGUCCACCGGUGCUGGUACAGGUUCGGCAUCCAUAUGUACCUUAACAGAAAAGGAGUCCAUUUGACGUCUGAUUCAGGGAAAGAUGUAGAAAUCCACAUUUUCAACAGCGGCCCUUCAUUUGUGCCAAGUUUGGCCUAUAUUGCUUGGUUUAUUCCACUGCAGAAUCCAUUACUCCAGCACAAGUGGGCCUUCAACCUACAAUGCUUGGGUGUAGAGAAGGAAGAUCUUCCCUGGAAUGCUACUUACAGUUACAGAGAUCGUGUCAAAAACGCGGCCCGUUUUAUAUCUGAUCUUCCGUUCAACCCUGCUUUAUACGCAGGCUUCAUAGCGCCAGUCAAUUGCACACAAGUCGGCCAAAGAUGUUUCAUUUUGGAAACCAAAGUCGGUACUUAUACCUCAAAGGUCCUGAAGUCUACAGUGGAUUGCCUUCAAAGAUUUUGUUUCCUGAAAAGAGUAAAAAUCCAGGAAUCUCAUUAUACUAAUCCUGUUUUAAAUUAUAGUAAAAAGAUCUCGUUCAUUCUCUCAGCUGAUUUUGAGGUGAAUUGUCCAGAACCAAGGCAAACACAUAUAACUUGGAGAAUCUAUAAAGUUCCAGAUAUGAAGACUGGUCCAGACUGGUCAAAACCUUUGAACCCUCCUGCAGUUGGGAAAAAAGAUCUUUUACACUUAAACAUUCCUGCUGAGAGCCUAGAUGAAGGCUUGUAUUUAUUCAAUUUGACCGUAACAUUAAUCACAAUGGACACUUUAGAGAAAGCUGAGGCCUCUGAUUCUGUGUUUGUCAGGAUUAGGCUCAACAGACUCUGGGCGGUCAUCGCUGGAGGUGAUUUGCAGACGGUUAGAUUUUCCGACCAGUGGAUUCUGAAUGGAUCUGCCUCUUCUGAUCCAGAUGCCCCCCAACCUUUUGAAGGCCUCACCUUCACUUGGUACUGCUCCAAACAAAAGGAAGAUUAUACUUCCAUGACUUUGAGCGAGACUGGCAAGUGUCGUCCACAUCAGGCAGAUUUGAGAUGGACAGCUUCUUCCGAGCCACUGCAAACAGUUCUACCUAGAACACUUCAAGAAAAUGCCACAUACUAUUUCCUUCUGGUGGUUCAUAAAGGAAGGAGACAGGCCCAGGCUGAACAAAGGAUCCAGGUGAAGCCUGAUGCUUGGCUAACCCUGAACCUCACCUGUAUUGAGAACUGCAGAAGAUCCGUGAUCCCCACAGAAAGAUUUUGCCUAUUUGGCAAAUGCCUAAACUGCAGAACGUUUGAUAGGCCUCGGUUUCACUGGUCACUUUUUUCAGGAAAUUCCUCGGAGCUCCAAUUUGAUUGGGCCACCCGAACGUCAACAGGGAGAACUAAUCCAUACCUCUGUGUGAAACCCUUGGGUUUGAUGCAUAUGGCAGAAUUCUCCUUUAGGCUUGUAUUAAAAGUAGGCCUGGAGGGACACGAACCAUUGCUGUAUAACUAUUCAUUUGUUAUAAAUAUACCUCCAGCACUUGGAAAGUGCAGCCUUAACCCUCCCACAGGAAUAGCAUUUCUAACAAAAUUCUCUGUUCACUGCAGCGGCUUUAGAGAUCAACAUUUGCCUCUUACCUAUAAGGUCAAAGUGGCAUUGGAUUCAAUGGAAAUGCCUAUUAGAGGAAACAGUACCUUGGGCGCUAUUGUCUAUUUUGGUGAUCAAUCCAAAAGUCCGCCAUCUUUUUUACCCGUAGGUGCAUCUGCUAAGCAAUAUCUCUUGAACUUACAUGUCCAAGUAUAUGAUGGUCUUGGUGCUUAUUCCCAAAUGACACUACCCACCACAGUGCACAGCCUACUGAAAGUCAAGGAACCAGAGGCUGUGUUAAAGGAAUUGCAUAAACUAACCGGUGGAACUUCAGCUCCCAUCAUAUAUUUUCUCAACCGUGGGAAUUAUUUUAGUGCGGGAUAUUUUGUCCACAUGGUGGCUUCUGCCUUAAAUGACCUAGAAGUGCUUCCAAGACUCCACUCCUCUAAGACCAAAUUGCGUGAAAUUCUUUUAAAUCAUUUGGCUGGGAUCCCGACAACAAAUAUAAUGGAGGCAAAUCAUGUGAUCUCAAGUAUUUUGCAGAUAACCCAAGAAAUUGGGGAAAUCAACAGGAAAUCACAGCUUCUUGUAGUCCAAAAGCUCAAGGAUGUGACUGAUGGGUUGAGAAGACAUAACAGAGAAAAUGGAGGUUUUAAGGAAAUCUGUGAUCUUGGAACUGCUAUUCUUGCGGGGUUAUCCAAAGUCCUGAAAGCUUCCUUGUUAAAAAACCCACAAAGCCACAGAAUCAUGGCUGAGGAAACCAUGUCUGUCACUCAAAUUUUAACAGACCUCCUUUUAGAAGGCAAAGUCCUAGGAGAACAUGAAACCAUCAUAGGAGCUGAUGACUGGACCAUCACAUUAAGGAAAGAAGAAAAGCAGGAUAUUUCUGAAAGUUUUGCUAAGAGAAGAGACUGCCAAAACCGUUUCUAUCCCAAAAUGAAGCAGGUGGAAUAUGACCAGUUGCCCGACGAUACAGUAAUUUCUACGGUAGUUUAUGACUUUGACAACAAUCCAUUUUUCGGGUUGCCAUCUUUGGACAAUAUAAGCACAAGGGUGGCAGGGUUCAAAAUGGCGGGAAUUAAAUCUAAUGGUGAUGUGAUUGAAAUCAUGCCCGAUGUGGCUGAAAUGAUCCUGACCAGAAAUGAGGAAAAGGCAGCUGUAUUUGAGAUGGUGGUGGAGCGCAGCCAAAACUUCCCUGAAGCAUCUGGAGGAUUCAGUUUUGAAGUCUGUAGAAAUUCCAAAGACAUCUUAAUCCAGGUAGUGACAAAACCAAAGUUUACUUUCCAGGUUUUUAUAUAUGUGGGUCUCAAGCUUAGUCAUCCUCCCAUAGCUAUUUUUAAUGUUUCCCACAAUAAGCCAGUGAUCUCGAAGACAAAGAAUUCCACAGGUGAUGACUGUGUAUUUCAGAGGCCUUACAUUUUUUGCCUUUCACAGACGUUACUCAAAUCCAUAUUCCGAGGCAGCACAGCUGAAAAACAAAACAUUUCUAUUGUUUUCCAAUCCAACCAGUUUCUGGAGGACCACAACUCACAGAGACUUGGCCUCAUGCUGUUUACCGCCGACUGCUUGUAUCUGGAUGAUGCCCAAACACUUUGGAGACAAGAUCAGUGUCAUCUCGGACCUCAGACUACAUGGCGAAAGCUACACUGCGUCUGUGCGGGCAAAAGGCGCACUGUGAGGACUGUCGACCCACCAACAGGAAGAGCCUCCCUGGGAAAUGUCACAUUUUUAGCAGGGAAGGUGACAGUCUAUCCUGAUCCGAUAGAGAUGAGAAAGAUCCAGUUGGCUCAAAUCCAGAGGAACCCAGUGAUCAUCUUGACCGUCGGUUUCAUUUUUCUUACCUAUAUCCUGUUGGCUAUUUGGGCAAUGAGAAAAGAUAGGGCUGAUGUAGAAAGCAGAGCCCAUACCAUUGUCUUGCCUGACAACGAUCCCUUUGAUAAAGUUUGCUACCUGGUCACCGUCUAUACAGGCAGCCGCAUCGGGGCAGGAACGACAGCCGCCGUUUUCAUCCAAUUGAUAGGGGACCAAGCGGUCAGUGACGUCCAUCGCUUGAGCCACCCUGAACACGUAGCUUUCCUCCGUGGCUCCAUCAAUACCUUUCUCCUGACUUCUAAGAAUGACCUGGGAGACAUCUAUUGCCUUCAAGCUUGGCAUGAUAACGCCGGUUCUUCCCCUAGCUGGUUCCUGAGUAGAGUCAAGGUGGAAAAUAUGUACACCAAGCAGUCUUGGGUGUUCAUAUGCCGAAAAUGGCUUGCUCUGGAUAAAGACAACGGCCUGAUUGAGAGGGUGUUUGUUGUGGUCCAGCCCUCGGCUGCUUUAAACAAAAUGGAUUUUUUCCUCAUCUGCUUCGCCAAGGACCUUGCAGACAAUCACUUAUGGUUCUCCCCUUUUGCCCACGUGUGCACUGGUUCUUUCAAUAGGCUUCAAAGGCUGUCGUGCUGCUUAGCCACCCUCUUCUGCAUUCUGCUAAUCAACAUGAUGUUCUUCAAGGAUGAUGUGGAUCAGCAGAUGUAUGCAGGACAUUUGCAGUAUCUCAGGCUUCUAAUAAUUGGCAUUCAGAGCGCUUUCAUUUCAUUCCCUUUGCAGAUGAUCAUAACAGCUCUGUUUAAAUAUGCACAGAAAGAGCCCUCUGACCAGAAGAUCCCGGAAACUCAGCAAAAAGUGUGUUCUCAUUUAACGACUGGAAAUCUGAGGAACUGGAAAGAACUCUUGCAGAAAUGUUACCUUCAGGAGACUGCUUCAAAAUCCCCAGGGCCUGGUUUUCAAGACGGCGGCUUUGCCGCUGCCUCCGAUUCCCAAAACCUGGCACAACAGAAGCAUAUUAGGUGGCGGCAGAGAGCAAAAACCCGCUACAACUGCACGAUUCCAGAGGGGGAUGCCAAUAUAAUUUCAACGGAGGAAGAAGCUUCGGACGUUGGCCAUGCCAACAUCAAUUUUAACAAUAAUUCCAUGGAGAAGGAGGCAGAGCAGCAAACGAGGCCACUCAAUACUCCCAGCAUGCUUUUCUUCAAAAGGCCCCAGAUCAUAUCUUGGUGGAACAAGUAUGCUUCAUGGAUGUUGGUCUUGGUUAUUUCUGCCACAUCCUCUUUUUCUAUCAUAUUAUAUAGCACAUCCCAGGACUACAAAACCUCUUUAGAAUGGCUCGUGGCGUCUGCCGUCUCACUGCUUGUCAGCAUGUUCUUCCUUCAGACACUGAACAUCCUGUUUUUUUCUGCCCUCAAAUCGCUUCAUUCCAAUUCCUGUGAAAACAUCCCGUGGUCGAUCAAGGAAACUUUCCUGGAGAUUAAACUGAACGAACCCAGCAUGAACGCUGACGACAUGCGAGAACUGCAUUACGAUCUCGUGAGAAUGAGAGGCAGCAAGCAGUACCAGCCCCUGGAAGAAGACGAGAUCACCAUUUUUAAGAAAAGGGGGAAGAUCCGACAUCAAGCCUUCGUUUUCCUGAAGGACGUCCUAUGCCACUUCAUCUUCUUAAUCCUCAUCUUGAACAUUGCCUACUCCAUGGAAAACACCACGAGUUUUUACUACAAUCAAGAUAUGAAGUCGAAAUUGUCGAAGGGGCUUUUUGAAGUCAGCAAAAUAAAGGAGAUUUAUCCCUGGUUGAGAGAGGUCUUUUUGGAACUGAUUCACAACCCCGUGAAGCCGACCUUUCUCCCGGACACCUGGUCCAAGAUCCUGGGUUUACCCAAAAUGCGGCAGAUAAGAGCAAAGCGUAGUGAGAAAGAAUGCUUCUAUCCACGCAGUUUUGUAAAUAAAUUUGUGAUUAGUAAAAGCCACUGUCUUCACAAAUAUGGCGUCGAUGAAGCGGAUCGCAGGAACUAUCUCGGGUCAUGGAAGAACCCCGUUAAUGAAUCCAUGGCGAAUCCUUCGGGUAAUUUCACAGGCUUUACCUACCACAAUGCCAGAGAUGCCUGGAGAUACAAUUCCUAUGGAGAGCGAAAUGUGUACAAAGCGGGAGGGUAUAUGUUCAAUUUUUACCCCAAGGAGACAGUCUCCGAAUCAAUGAAAAGACUGGCAUCUUUGGAAGAAAACAACUGGCUGGAUGAGAAUACUUGGGCGCUAAUAGUUGAGAUGACAACUUUUAAUUUUGAUACAGACCUAUUUUGCAGCAUAUCGGUGAUCUUCGAACUUUCUUACUUAGGCCCUAUUAACGCAACUUUGUGGAUCCACUCCUAUAGACUCCCCAUUUUCAAGCAGCUGGACCAAAGGGAGAAGUUUGUUUUCAUCCUGGUAGGCUACAUGCUAGUUUUUUACAUCAUUGACGAGUUUUGCGUAGUGGAGCAGCAGAGACUCAACUACCUAAAAAAUGUUUCCAAUUUAAUUAACUUCGGCAUAAAGGCGGUGUGUUGUUUCUUCCUCCUGCAACUUGCAUUCAAGUUCAAGCUGGCUUCCAGCCUUAUCGAGCUCUAUCUCCGUCAACCGAACCAAUACAUCCCCUUCCACAAAGUUUCUCUAGUCGAUAAAACGUUGAGGAUCACUCUCGGGUUUCUGGCCUUUCUGAUCGUCCUGAAAACUCUCAGGUACUCUCGUUUCUUUUACGACGUGCGCCUGGCCCAGAGGUCCAUUCUAGCCGCCCUGCCAGGUAUCUGCUCCAUGGCCUUAGUGGUGGCCGUCUACUUCUUCGUCUACAUGGCCUUUGGCUACCUCGUCUUUGGCCAGUACGAAUGGAACUACAACAUGAUGACCCAUUCGGCACAGACCGUCUUCUCUUACUGUGUUUCAGCCUUUAAAGACACGGCUUUCAGAUCCAACCGUGCUCUGGGGGGGCUCUUCCUGGCCUCCUUCAUGAUGGUGAUGAUUUGCGUUUUGAUCAAUUUAUUCCAAGCGGUGAUUAUGUCGGCCUACGAGGACAUGAAGCAGCCGGUUUACGAAGAGCCUUCCGAUGAAGCUGAGGUGGUUAAUUUUCUCUUCCAUAAAAUCCACCGAAUUUGGGCUUUCAUCACUUUCAGGCCGGUAUCAACGACCGAUACGGAACUCUUUAAUCGGGUGCUUUUUGGGAUUCCGGAGAGGAAGAGCAUGUAUCACCUUGGACUCAAAGCCAGGAAAAUAAAUGGGAAGAAAAUGGUGUAUCUUGUCAUUUGA